AUGGUUUGUGCUGCACGCUCAACUCGUGCGUUAUCUCACCCGCGUUUAGUUUGGUUUUCAAUGUUUGGAAGUUAAAAAAGAAACAGUCAUUUUAAUAACGACCAGGUGGACCAAACGUCAGGCGUGCAGCGCUGAAUGGAUUAAAUUACACGGAGCAGAUCGUUCACUUGCUUUGAAACUACCUCGAAGAUGGCUCCUACCUCCUCUAAACAGCUGGUUGCAGCCACUUUUACCCCAUUAACUGGUCGAGGUGAAAUCAACCUUGGAGAGAUUGAACCUUAUCUCGACUACUUGACAGAGAAGCAAGGUGUAUAUAACAUAUUUGUGAACGGCACCACCGGAGAGGGCAUGUCUCUCAGCGUGGAGGAGAGGAAGCUUCUGGCAAAGCACUGGUGUGAGAAAGCCAAAGAAAAAAACGUUCAUGUGAUUGUGCAUGUUGGUUGCAUGAGUCUUAAAGAUUCCCAGGAGCUGGCUGAGCAUGCAGCAUGCAUCAAGGCUGACGGGGUUGCAGUCAUUGCUCCUUCCUUCCUCAAACCCAAGACUGCAGACGCAUUGAGGAAGUUCCUACAGGAGGUGGCGCUCUUUGCCCAGGGUUUGCCCUUCUAUUACUAUCACAUUCCUGCUGUCACCGGCAUUACCUGGCAAGCGAAAGAGGUGUUGGAAGGUAUUGAGACGCUCAUUCCUUCCUUCAGUGGUGUGAAGUUCUCCAGCAGUGACCUGAUGGACUUCGGUCUGUGCCUCAGUAAUUAUCAGAAGCAGUUGUUCCUGUACGGCGUGGACGAGCAACUCCUACCAGCACUGGCAAUGGGAGCAGAUGGGGCAGUGGGCAGCACGUAUAAUUAUCUGGGAUGCCAGGCCAAUCAGCUUCUUUCAGCGUUUGAGAAUAGUGACCUCGUCCAAGCCAGGAAAAUCCAGAACAAGAUGCAAGAACUUAUCAGUUACGCCAUGGAAAAAGGUUUUGACGUGGGAUUGAACAAGCAGCUCAUGAUCGAGCUGUCAGGCUUACGUCUGGGGCCCCCUCGCCUCCCCAUACUGCCGUGUCCUCAUGAGGUUGCCGUGUUGAUUGCAGAGAAAUUUUACAGCAUUUUUUCCUGAAUGCUGAUAUCAAACAUUCAGACUCCAUUUCUGGAAGUCCACUUAACAUUAUCACAUCACCUGCAGCCAAAUCUGAAACCAAUAACUGAAUUAUACAAGAAAAUCCACCAAGUAGUACACAGUCCACUCAAAACGUUCUACUAUAUCAGCAGUCACUGCAAUAUCAUUAUUCAUAUCCAUUCUCAAAAUAUGAACAGUAAGCUGUGCACUUGAUAAAUAAACUGUAUUAACCUGUACUGUUGGAGGAUGAUCAAAAUAAUGGUAAUUUUAGAAAAUGUUGCAACCAGCUGAGAAAAAAGUCAACAUUUGAGGCUCUGAUUUAAAGGGAUUUUACACCUUUUAUUUUGUUAAUCUAGCUAAUACGAAUAUGUAAAAAACAAACUUUAACAAAAAGGCAGCCAAAAAUACUCAGUAAACACAGAGAAACAAAUGCUUAGAUUUCUAAAAUAUGGUGCAUUUUGUCGCUGUUGCUUUAAAUGGAAAGGACCUGCUGCUGUCACUCCGUUCCUAUGACGGGAGAGACAUACAUGGUAAUGGGAAUAAUAAAUGUCUAUAUCCAAGUCAUGAGAAGCGAUAAAGGAAGAAGUCUUUAAGAUAAACUACUAUUUUGUAUUAACAGAUUUUUAUGAAUAAAUGUAAUAUCACAAGACCGGGACGUACGUAGGUUUGUUUUUCGUAUCCACUUACUCCAUUUAAGGUUGGCGAAUGUCAUGCUUCUGCAGAUACAUGGAUACAAAACCUCCUUUUGUAUACGGAUUUCCAUCAAAAUUUGUUUCCAUGUUCCGUUUAUAUCGUCAUAUAAAACUGCUAAUUU